AUGGGGGAAGAAAUCCCCUAUUGUCAACGUUCCGAUCGAAAUACCACACUGAUCCAACACCAAACAAAUUGUGAUAAUGGGGGAGAGAAGAAAUCGUUUCUGGAUCUUCUUGAUCGAAAUAUUCAACCAAAUGAAGUUGUCAAAUGGAAUUCAAGUGUAAAAAUGGCUGAUCUUUAUGCUAGUGUCUACUACAAUCGAUCACUGAUCAAAGAAAACGAUGAUCGUUUUAUUUGUCAAUGCACACAGUUGGGGACAUACGGCAAGUAUUGUGAAUAUCAAUUGAGUCAUAAUGCAACGAAGUUCAGUGAAGCGAUCAAAGCUCAAUUUGAACAAAAACUAAAUGAGGAUUCAUGGAAUACACAGCGAUACGGUGACAUUCUCUGCUAUCAAACAUUGCCUUGUGAUUCAAGCCCUUUGUGUCUUGAUUGGCGAGAGAUUUGUGAUGGUAUUCAAAGAUGUUCGAAUGGAAUCGAUGAAGAGAAUUGUGAUAAAUUGGAAUUCAACGAAUGUGAAGACGAUGAAUUUCGUUGUACGAAUGGCAUGUGUAUUGCUGAGGAAUUCUGGUUUGAUGGUGAGUUCCAAUGUAAUCUUCAAAGCCAUUCAUUAGGUUGA